AUGACGAGACCACGAGGUUCGUCGGGCGCCAGCGACGACAGCACGGGCACUGCCCGCGAUCAGGAGCUGGGGAGCAUGUAUGACUACCUAGCCAAGAUCAUAUUGCUGGGACCCAGUGGCACGGGAAAAUCCUGCCUGCUGCAUCGCUUCGUCAAAAACGAAUGGCGAGUCUUGUCGUCGCAAACCAUCGGAGUGGAGUUUGCCAGCAAGAUUAUCAAGGUCGGCACGGGAGCCCGGAGGAAACGAAUCAAGCUCCAGCUUUGGGAUACGGCUGGCACGGAGCGGUUUCGGUCAGUUUCCAGAUCAUACUACCGCGGGGCGGCUGGUGCCAUACUGGUCUACGACAUUACUUCACAUUCAUCAUUUCGAGGCAUCCAACCAUUCCUCAACGACGCGCGGGCGCUGGCAUCACCGAAUUUGAGUUUAAUGCUUGUCGGAAACAAGCUUGAUUUGGCCGCGGAGUCUUUGAUAGAUACUAGCCUACCGCCAACGACACCAAGCAGCGUUGGUUCGACCUCUACGAUAACAGCAGGCGGUGCGAGUUCUGUCUCGAUAUCUACCACAAGCACAACAGGAACAGUCACGGGAAGGGACCGUGGCAGUUCCAUCGGAGCAGGAACGCAACAGCGAGCAACGAUCGCACCCGAUGGAAGGGAAAUAAGCACGUCAGAAGCAACCCGAUGGGCGAGCACUGCAGGGAUUUCUGUGGUGACUGAAGUCAGUGCACUAAACGGUGAAGGAGUAGACGAAGUGUUUGCCCGACUAGCUCGAAUGAUUUUGACAAAGAUUGAGCUGGGAGACAUUGAUCCCGACGACCCCAUGAGCGGCAUACAAUACGGCGACGGUGGCGGUUGGAAUACGGCCAGUGACGGCGGCAGCAUUAAGAGCUCCAUGACAGGUGCAACCGUCGACGAUAAUAUGAGCGGGUUACGACGUCGCAAGCGGGGAAAGACCAGGAAUCAGAACUGGGGUUUGAGGGAGUGGGAAGAAGUGUUUACGCUGAGCAGCCGUAAUAGAAGAGGCGGGGGAUGCUGCUAG